AUGGCUUCCCACAAAACCCAAGAACCCGUCAUCACCUCCGUCACGGACCUCCCCACGUCCGAAGCGAAAUGGGUCACCCUCAAGAAAGUCUCUUACCUCGAUCAGACGGGUAAAGCCCGGACAUGGGAGGUCGCCUCGCGCAAGACGCGCGCCGCCUCAGCGGGCGUGGACGCCGUGGCCAUGGGCAACAUCCUCCUGCACCCGGCGCGCCCCCCCGCCACGGUGGUGGUCAUCCAGUACCGCCCGCCGCUGGAUGCCUAUACGGUCGAGUGGCCCGCGGGGCUGAUCGACGAAGGCGAGACGGCGGAGCAAGCGGCGGUGAGGGAAUUCAAGGAGGAGACGGGCUACGCGUGCGAGGUAGUCAGUGUGAGCCCCGUGCAGGCCGCGGAUCCGGGGUUGAGCAGCGCGAAUAUGCAGCUGGUCAUGGUGGAGGUCAAGCUCGGGGAGGACGAGGAGCUGCCGGCGCAGCGGCUCGACGACGGAGAGCAUAUUCAGCGCGUCGUGGUGCCGUUGGCGGAGCUGUAUGAGAGGCUGGUGGAGUGGAGUAACCAGGAGAGGAUGAUAGUCGCCGCGAAGUUGUUUCAUUUCGCCGCGGGGAUGGAGUUUGCGAGGACCAAGGGGAAAGAGUAUGGACUGUGA